GGCAGUUGACAUUGUUAAAAUUUGACAGAUCUUUAAAUACUCUUAAUUUAAAUUUGUUUUUAUUUAAAGUCGGCUGAACCUUUCAAAAUACGUUACGAGAUUUUAGUGAUUUAUUAUGUGAACAAAAAAUUUGUAUUUUUUACAUAUAACCUAUUUAAGGUUAAUACCAUUUGACAAUAUAUCACUUGCCAAAAUUUUUGUGUCAUUCAUUCAUAAAGAUGAUUCUUUAAACAAAUACUAAACAUACAAUGAGUACAACUAAAGACAAAGAAGAUGAAGAUUCGUCGACAAAACAAAUAUUAGAAUAUUAUAGAAAGUACUCCCAAAGCCGAGAUUUACCAAAAUAUUUUUCUGGUUCAGUACAAUAUUUACCCAAAAUAGUAGAUGACGACGAUGAAGAAUCGAUAGAAACACGAACUAUAAACAAUAUAAAAGUUACUGAAUCUGAAAUAGAAAAUUGUGGACCAAAUAUUGAAUUAUCUCCUACAGGUUCUACAACAUCAAACCGUAAAUUGGAGUGGGAUAGCUUAGGAGAUAUUGGUUAUAUUCAAAGAUCCGCUUCACUGCCUAUUUUAACUCGUGAGAAACGUUUGGAAACCAAAGAACAAAAAGGUAAUAAUAUAAAAAUUGUAAUACUGCCUUAUACUAGUAGUUCAGAAGUUAGUAUUGAAAGAAAUACUUUACAAUCAUCUUUAUCUAGUCCUCUAGAAGAAAAAUGUAUACCAACAACUUCCUCUUCAAUCAGUAAAGAACAACAAAGAUCAUCAACUGACUUAGAAUCUCCUCAAUCUGAUAAGAAAAUUACAGAAUUCCAACAAAGUCUAGAUUCAAUUAAAAAAAAAAUUGGACUUCCCGGGGCACAUUCUACUCCUUAUGAUUCCCAAAGUUGGAAUAAUAAAAAAAUUACUAAAAAACCAAAGGAUUUUGAAAAUUCAAUUGAACAAUUUAAACAAGAUGAUUCAGAUAAAGCAUCUAUAAAUAAAGAGAAAGUAGAUGCAGAUGGAAGUAAAGAAAUUGAUAAACCAUCAAAAAAAGUUGUAAAUUUAUGCCUCACGAAACCUCUACUGUUGGACUGUUUAUCACAUACAAACACAAAAAAGCUAACGAUUGGCAUCCAAACGGAUGAUUCACUUCAAGUACUAAAACAACCUCAUCAACUCGUUACGUAUUACAAACACUAUGAUACUUUGAAAGUUUCAAGCGAUUCUGCAAAAUCCACUAGUUCCAAUGCUGUUGCUUCAAAAUGUGAUAGCUUUGAAUAUAUCAAAAAUGAUAGCAAUUAUGUUAAAUUGGGUAAUAAUGAUGCUCCUGUGGAAAAUCUUGAAUUGACAAAGAGUAAUAAAAUUAAUGAUCCAGUAAAAUCAGAAAGUUCUCCACAGUCUGAAAAUGAUCUUAAAACUAACGAUAUAGAAAGGGGUGUAUAUGUAUUACAAAGAUUAAUAAAAUCUAAAAGAUAUGAUUCAACCACGAAGAAAAGGUAUAUCAAAAAAGUUCUACAAAAAAUAACAGAAUCCAAAUAUUUAGAUGAUUCAAGCACAAGUUCAGAUCUGUUCUAUCCGAAGGUUCCACAGGAUCAUAGAAAAAAUUUAUCAACUUCACAUCAAUCUCAAGAAGAAAGAAAAUCUCCAAAGAAAAUUAAAUCUGUUAGUACAGGUUCGGACUUACCAUAUAGAAAGGAAAACAAGGCAAGUCCUUCAAAGAAAAUUGCUUCCUCAUCAGUUAAAGAGCCAAGUAAAAAAGAACAAGCAGCCAAAGAAACGAAAAAAACUCUGUUUACUGUUACAAAUUGUCAAGAAAUCAGCUCUGAUCAAUCCUCAUGUUCUCCGCAAUCUUACCAAAAUUGGAAGAAAUUAAAAACCUUAUCUGAAAAAGUAUUUGAAAGUAACGGACAAACUAUAGGCGGUGGAGAUCAAAUUUCACAGUUUGUCAAUAAAGAGAGAGACUACCAGUUGAAUUGGAUCAACAAAGAAAUAGAUCAUUUAGGAAAACUGAAACAUAUGUUAGAAAAGAGAAAAAAACCUUGCUAUCCUCCGGAAUGUAUGAAAAAAACGUCUGUUUACAUGGUGGCUGCUGGUAACAACGAAAUCGAACGGAAUUAUAUCAUAGAAACAAAAUUGGGCAUGCCAAGUUCUGUAAGAAGAAAUUUCAUAUUAAACGGUGAAAGUUACACUGUAAAAAAUCCUCGCCAAAGCGAUGAAGAAACUGAUCAAAAUGUUGUAACUGACAUACAAGUACUUUCUACAGAUAAAACAACAAACAUCAAAGUUACUACGUUUUGCAAGAUUUGUAAACGAGCUCCAUGUGUAUGUGUAACGAAUUUUUUACAAGGUAUAAGCAACCCUUUCGAAAUCAACCAUAAAGCUGUUAAAGAACAUCUGGAUAUUAAUUCUAAAUCUUGCACUUGCUCAUCUAAUAGUACCAGCAGUUCAAAUACUACCCCCAGUGGUAAAGAAUCAUCGAAAAUUAUUUGUAUAGUUUGUCAUCGAUACCCUUGUACGUGUUGUUCUUGUAAACAAACUCAUAGUGUUAAGACUUGUUCAGUUUGUCAGUUAUAUUCAUGUAUGUGUGUUAUUAGCCCCAAGGAAUCUGCAACUUUGGAACCAUACGUAGGGACCUUCAUUCCUACAACUCGAAUGGAACCAAAUACAGAUAAACCAGAGGAAAUAUUGUGUUGUAAUUGUGAAAUUUCACCAUGUAAUUGUGGAUCAUCCACUACUUCUAGUACGAAUUCGUUAACCAAAGUUUUUAUAGACUGUAAAUGUGGCCCUUCGAGCGAAUGUCAAUGUCCUUUUGUGGAUAAACUCUUGCAACAUUUCAAUAACGAAAACUUCAAAAGUGAAAAAUCCAAAAUAGGAACUUGUACACUGAGAAAAAAAUCAACAACUGGUACAUAUAACAAACAAUCUACUUCUACAUAUACACUGAAGAAUUUUAAGAACUUACCAAAAGAAGACCAAUGUGUUUGUACAAAAGAAGAAAAGGCCGUAGAUCCCACAAAUAUAUAUUCAACAGAAGAUAAAAGUAUAGGAAAAACUGUUAAAGAAAGUGUAACCCAAAAUGGUGUAAAAUUUAAAACAGCAGAUAAAGCAGUUUCAUCUAGAAAGACCACAAGUGAUAAAGGUGUCGAAUGUGAUUGUGAAACAACGGUUUGUGAUAAAGGAAUUGGUACUAAUAAUAAAAAACCUUGCGUGGACCGUUCAACUUCACCAAGAACUUGUUUAGUAGAUAAAGGAACCGCUUGCGAUCCCAAAGGAUCACAAGUAGAUCAAUGUACUUCUCCCAAAUGUUCCCAAAUGGAUAAAGGAACCACAAGUGAUCCGAAAGGAUCACAAGUAGAUCAAUGUACUUCUCCCAAAUGUUCCCAAAUGGAUAAAGGAACCACAAGGGAUCCCAAAGGAUCACAAGUAGAUCAAUGUACUGCUCCCAAAUGUUCCCAAAUGGAAAAAGGAACCACAAGUGAUCCCAAAGGGUUGAAAGUAGAUCAAUGUACUUCUCCCAAAUGUUCCCAAAUUGAUAAAGGAACCACAAGUGAUCCCAAAGGAUUAAAAGUAGAUCAGUGUACUUCCCCCAAAUGUUCCCAAAUUGAUAAAGGAACCACAAGUAAUAUCAGAGGGGUUUCAGUGGAUCAAUGUACUUCUUGUACUCCUAUUCUAAUCGAUAGAGGAACGGGAUAUUCACCGAGAAUAUUAUUGGAUAAAUAUACUUCUUGUGCUCCUCAAAUUGAUAGGGGAGUAGUAUCAGAAACUAGAACGUUUGUUGAUAAAUGUGUGUCUCCAACUCGUUUUAAUAUCGAUAAAGAAACUGAAUGGAUUUCGGGGAGAAUAUCAAGAGACCAAGGUACUACCACUGGUUGUUCUCAAAUGGAUAGAAAGACUGAAAAUUAUACCAAAAGUUUGUUAAAUCAAAGCGCUGCUACAAUGUUUGCUUCUGGAGAAAAUAGAGACGAGAUGACAAAGGAUGCAUAUAAAGUGUCAGAAACCGAUGAUUCCACUACAACAAACUCAUCCUCGAAUUGCACAUGCUGCUGUUGCGAGACCAGCGUGCCCUUGGAGAGGAUAUCAAUACUAAGAAGCGGCGAUCAGGAAUUUCCAAUAUGUAGAGAAUGCUUCGAUAAACGUCCUGUCUUAACAACAGUUUAUAUCACUGAUGAUGAAUCGUCUUCGAAUAAUCAGAAUUCAAAGGAUUUUAUAAGGAGACACUUAAACUUCUGUACAUGUAAAAAGGAUUCUAAGGAUUUCGAAUAUUGUUCUCACUGUAAGAAUCGAUUGAGAAAAACUCAACAAAGCCGUAAUGGCAUCGCUUAUACUUUGACUUUAGAGGACGAACCUCUAGAAAAUUUCAAAACAAGGACAAAAAAGAAAUUGAAGAAACUGGAAGAGAUAAAAAUUAAAAUACCGAAUCCAUAUAGUAGAAAACAACACAAAAACAUGGAAAACAAUCAUAAGAAAGACGAAGAUAGAAUGAAAAAAAUAGAAAGCGGAGAAAAUAGUGAAAACGAAAGAUUAAACGAAGAAACAUCUUUGAAGAGUAGUGACGCUACGGAUAAUGAAAAUAAUUUUACCUUACAGGAAUAUUUGAAAAGAAAUCGUCCUGGGUUCGUAAACGCUGCGGAAUAUAGAAGAUUGGCGAUGAUGAAUAAUAGGAUCGAAAGGGAAUUGAACAAGGAUGAUUUGAAAUUGAAAUUUUUGGAAAAAAAUGCGCAAAACAACAAAUUGAAACGUGAAAAGUUAUUUAGCGAAAAGGAAAUGAGGGAAAUCACAAGAAGGAAUUACAAAAAGUUGCCUGAAGUGCAACAGAAAUUAAUCGAUAAGAGAGUUCAAAAAUUGAGGAACGCCGAUAAGUUUAUGGCAGAUAUGCUAAAAAAGAAAAUUCAAAAUUGUGUUCUGAAAGGCAAAAGCAGUUUUCCUAUCGAUACAAAUAUUAUAAACGUUUACAAUUGAAAUAAGUGAAGGAAUUUAACUUUUAAGUACCUUUUGUAUUGAAAUAUAAGUUAUAUAAUUGUGUAUUUUUUAUAAUUAAAACUUUCUAAAUAUAAUUAAUGAUUUUAUUUCAAUUUCUAAUGAAACAUUUUCCAAAAUGUUGAGUGAUUUGGAUAGAGUAGGCACAAAAUGUAGAAAGUUACAAAUGAACUAAAAAUCGAAAACUAGGAAAAGUACAGGCAAAUUUGGAAUUAUGCAAUAAUAUGCAAUUAAAGCAAAAAGAAAGGUACAAAUGAACUAAAACCCAGAUAUACAAAUGAUUGAAGGUAGAGAAAAGAAAGAAACCAUUGAUGGUAUAACUAGAAGAAGGUAAACAUAAUAAAAGAGUUAGAUCCAAAGUAA